AUGCAUGAUUUGCGAACGAAGAAUCCCCAGGAUAUUUCCAGCUAUAUAUCGUUGUUUUUCUAUUACUACUGGGUGAACGGACAGACAUUUGUCGGACCUGAGCUUGACAAUGCUCGUUAUCCUGAAGUCAAGCCUGUUGAUUGGAAGGGAUUCAUGGCCAGCUGGUCACGGGAGCAAAUUGGGACAUCUUACUUUGCCUUGACUAUGUAA